CGCACGCACGCACGCACGCACGCACGCACGCACGCACGCACGCACACGCACGCACGCACGCACGCACGCACGCACGCACGCACGCACGCACGCAUGUUCUGUACGCACGUAUCCGUAAUCCGAAACGCACCGCGCGAGUGAAUCGCGUAUCCGGCGAGUGAGUCGCGUAUCUCCCUUUUGCGUUCCUCGUGUUUUUUUUUUUUUUUUCGCGCUUCUCGAUCAUACGACGAACGUCCCUCGGCUGAGUUAGAACGAGCAUCGUUUCGACGACAGCACCGGGAUAUAGGUGUGGCGAAAAACCGAUACAAUGUCAAAGUAAACAACGAUUGAAUGUCCUGAGAAGGUAAAUGUGCCACACAGUGGAUAUUCACACUCCAGGAUGACCAGCGAGCAUCCGUCGAAGGCAAAUGCGGCAAAAGGUAAAUAUCGGCAAUUUUCGCGUGCUCAGCUGUCACGAGGGUGUCAUGCCGAAGGGGUGAAAGGGCCGUAGCUAGAUCAUCUCUUGGACAUACGAAAAAAGUGGUAGAGAGCGACAAGCACAGAGAAAAUCUCGAUAAGACGAGGUGGUGGUUAUAAAAAUUAUUUGUUUUUUGGAAAACAUGAAUCCGUGUGUCAUGACGAUAAAAUAAUCGCGGUGUUUACGUUUGCGAGUGUGAGAACUGGUGUUAAGUCGGGGAGAGAUCCGGAUGCUGUUUCGCAGUGGAUACUAAAUAUCUCGGUGGAUAUACUACUACUUAAGAGUGUAGCAUAUGGCCCUGGACUAUGGUACUACCAUUUACAAUAUGCACCACACGAAUCAACUAGAAGACGUGGGCUACAGAAGUGUCGAGAUCACGUCCGCCUUCACGCAUCUGCCUCAAAAGGAGAUGGCCAGGGAUACGCCGGGCUCGCCGAUGCCGCGACCGCGAGAUUUGGGCGCCGGCGGCGGGGGAGGCGCGGCAACGGCCACCCUGACUUCCAGCGCUUAUCACGCUGCAGUCGCCGAUACCGCCAGCCUGCACGGCCACGCGUUGCAGCAGAAGAUACUCGAGCUACAGCAGCACCAUCAGAUUCAACAACAGCUCCUCCGACAGCAAUAUCAGGCCCAGGAACGACAAUUGGCUGAACUGCACGAGCAACAGAUGCAUCAACUCAAGCUCUGGGAACAGCAGAAGCAGCUAGAAGAGAGACGAGAAAAGGAGAGACUGGAGGCUCUCAGGAAGAAGGACAAACACGAUCACAGCGCGAAUGCGUCCACCGAAGUCAAGCAACGCCUUCAGAGCUUCCUGGUGAACAAGAAGCAGAGAGAGGCAGCCGCGGCGGCGAACGGAGCUGUGCCUGGUACACCCGGAUACAGGAGCUGGCUUCAACCACAAUCGGAAUCAUCCAGCACCACGAAUGCAGCGCAUCCAUAUCGAAUGCCGCAGAUGCUCCAGGAGAAGUUCGGUGACGAUUUCCCACUCAGGAAGACAGCCUCGGAGCCGAACCUGCUGAAGGUGCGACUAAAACAACGCGUGGAGAGGAACAUGGCAGCAUCGAGAAACUCACCCCUGAUGGCACGUCGGAAGGAUCGCCUGCUAUCGCAUCUCAAGCGGAAGUCGUUACUAGCAAAUUCUGGCAGCAAUCCCGAAUCCGGGCCUAACUCUCCCCCGACUGUGAAUAAUUCUCAAGCCAGUCCCACCGCUGGAAGCAACACGGCGAUACAGGAAGAAGGUGAGAGUCCUGCAUAUGGAGGACGCCUUACCAGUAGUAGUCAACAAGGCAGCCUUUCGGAUCUUUCGCUCUUUAGUUCACCGUCCAUGCCUAACAUCUCGUUGGGCAGACCACACGUACAAACGAGCUCAUCGAGUGGGACGAAACUGGCACCGGUUUCGGAAGCGGAAGUGCGCGCCGCGUUCACGGCACGUCUCGGGAUGCCGCUCACCGGUCAGAUGCUGCACGGCACCUUACCGUUCUAUCCAUCCUUGACUGUCAUUGAGGGCGAGCCGACAUACAUCCACAAGCAGAUCCAACAGAACUUGCAGGAGCAACCGCCAUCCGCGACAGCGGUAGCCGGCAGUAGGCAGCAUCCGGCGGCGGCUGCGGCAGCAGUGUAUCACACCGCGGCGCCGAUUACAGAUACACAAGUAGCGCACGCGAGACUGCAUAAGGCUGGUCACCGGCCUUUAGGUAGUAGAACUCAAUCCGCGCCACUGCCCCUGGGUCACCCAAUGCUGCAGGGCGGCAUGAUAGCGCCGACUCAUUAUGAGGAAUAUCUCGCUGAGAAGCAGUUACACGAUCAACAGCAGGCACACAACUAUCUGAAGCAACAGAUCCGUCAGACGGUGCUGACGCGAGUGGGCUCGCGUGGCCAGGCCAAUCAAUUAGAUGAAGCGCCAGAAACCGAAGAGUCCGAGGUGAUAGAUCUUACGGGCAAAAAGGAUCAUCCGGAAGAGAGCGAAAUCUCAAAGCAGCAGAGGGACCGCGAACAGUUUUUGCAACAACAGAGGGAUCUUAUGAUGAGACAUACGCUGCAAACGAACGAGUCAACUGUCUACGCUGCAAGUAGGACCUCUCAAUCGGCCAGGCCGCUCUCGAGAGCGCUUUCGAGCCCUCUAGUACAUUUAGGUCCUCAGGGCAGCAGCGGUGAUAUGUUCGCGCGAGGUUCUCCACAUCGACCCACUACUGGACUAGCAUAUGAUCCGCUGAUGCUGAAACACGCAUGUGUUUGUGGUGAAACGGUUAGAGGUCAUCCUGAACAUGGUGGUCGAUUACAAAGUGUGUGGGCCAGACUUUCGGAGACGGGCUUGUUGCAGCGUUGUGAUCGAGUACGCUCGCGCAAAGCUACGCUCGAAGAAAUCCAAACAUGCCAUAGCGAGGCGCAUGCGCUCUUAUUUGGAACGAAUCCGUUGAAUCGACAAAAAUUAGACAUGUCCAAACUAUCGCAAUUGCCUAUCAAGAGCUUCGUCCGACUUCCUUGCGGCGGAGUUGGCGUUGAUUCUGACACAACGUGGAACGAACUUAACACCGCGCCCGCCGCUCGAAUGGCUGUAGGAUGUGUCGUCGAUCUUGCGUUUAAGACGGCGAUGGGCGAUAUUAAGAACGGCUUCGCCGUAGUAAGACCACCCGGGCAUCAUGCAGAGACUAACCAGGCCAUGGGCUUUUGCUUCUUCAAUUCAGUGGCGAUUGCGGCGAGGCUGCUUCAGCAGAAACUCGACGUUAGAAAAAUUCUAAUCUUAGAUUGGGACGUUCAUCAUGGGAACGGCACCCAGCAAAUGUUUUACGACGACCCACGAGUGCUGUACCUGUCGAUACACAGACACGACGACGGUAAUUUCUUCCCUGGAACCGGCGGACCUACUGAGUGCGGCGCCGGCGAGGGUCUCGGCUAUAAUGUAAACGUGGCGUGGUCCGGUGGCCUGAAUCCGCCCAUGGGCGAUGCGGAAUAUCUCGCGGCGUUUCGUACUAUUGUUAUGCCGAUCGCCAAGGAGUUUGAUCCGGACAUUGUGAUCGUCUCGGCCGGCUUCGACGCAGCCGUGGGUCAUCCAGCGCCGUUGGGUGGCUACAAGGUCAGCCCAGCAUGCUUCGGCAGGAUGACGCAACAAUUACUUAAUCUAGCUGAUGGCAAAGUUGUCCUCGCCCUAGAAGGUGGUUACGAUUUGGCGGCGAUCUGCGAUUCAGCGCAGGAAUGUGUCCGGGCGUUGCUCGGCGACGAGCCUAGUCCGCUUCGAGACGAAGAACUCGCAAGGAUUCCCUGUCAAAAUGCCAUUGACACGCUGCAGAAGACCAUCGCCAUUCAGAUGUCACAUUGGCCUUGCGUAAAACUCGCUGCUCAUACAGUUGCAAUGAGUGCGAUAGAAGCGAGCCAAAAAGAACACGAUGAGACGGAAACAGUGUCCGCAAUGGCCUCUCUAUCGAUGCAGCAGCCUACGAACCUCACAACCACGCCAGAACAUUCCCGAGAGGUUUCCGAAGAGCCAAUGGAGCAGGACGAGGCCAAAUGAGACACGUGAAGAUUAUUCUGCUAGAUAAAAAGCAUAAUUCAUUGUAUGAAACUGUGUAAAUGCUCUUUGAUUAGAAGUGCAUUUCUCAGUACAAAUAGAGGGAUUAUUAUAUUGUUGUCGCGCACGGCUACUGUGACAGGCGCACGGUCAGCCGGAAAUGUUUCACUUGCGAAACUUGACCGACGGCACGAAGUGUAAACUUAUGCACAGUCCCAAGUUUACAAUUUUUAGUUUAUUUCAGGAAAAGACGUAAUAGUUGGAUAAAUAACGGCCAAGUAAUAAGGAAGAAGUGAUCUGUAAAAAUUUCGGGAGAUCAAUGACAAUUUGCGAUGACGCAUCGCAAACUUAUGGAUCUCCUAAUUUUUUUUUUCUUGUGCUAACAUGAAGACAAAAAGUUGUUUACGAGCCUUGCAAAUGUUUCUAUUGUUCUUCGUGCAUUUGAAGCGCGAAAUUGUUGUACAAUUAGCAUACGGAUGGCGAAUUAUAUUUGUCGUUCCGUAGAGACUUUUUUUUUAUUGUGAAACACAAGGUUUGUAAUCUUUUUAAGGAAUCGCUAUUAAUAUCAUUGAAAUAAACUCGAACGCGCUAAAAACAGCUUUCGCUCACCAAUUGGAUAUCGCUUGGCAAAUUUUCGAGCCCAGUGUCUUAUCGACAAACAUCGAAUGAUUUCGAAUCUGAUAUCGUGUAAAAACUGGAAUGCAGACAUUUUGCAAUGUUAUUAGUAAAAACUAUUUUUUUCUGGACAGUUUGAAAAAAGAUCUCUAGAUGAUUGUCGUUCGGUAACUCGGUGAGAAAAUAAAUUGUGAUUGAAGAUACACAUUCUCUUCAAAAAUCAACGUUACAGACAUCCAUUACUUUGUUGAAUCAUUAUUGAUAAGUAGUGAGGCGUCGAACUUUCUCACAGCUGUAUAAAACAGUCUGAUGCAUCGUGUUGCCUUGGAUAAUUCGCAGGAAGAAUUAAUAUUCAUGUAUAUAUUUUUGAAUGCUAAUUGCGAUCUUGGGUCUGCUUAGAACAGAACUUUUAAUCGUAUUUUAAACGAAAUAUUCAGGGAGAUAAGUACAGGGAAUUUGAAAAAGAAACUGUGUUAAUCCAACAAAUGCGUAUCUCGAAUCGUAGAGAUUCCUUUUGUAUAUUGCGCCUAUCGUUACACGAAAGACAACACGCGGCGAGACACAUAGAUAAUACAUACAUCAAUCAUGAAGAAUGACUUUUCGAUAUACAAACACUCGCAUCCUCUUGCGACUUUCGAGAGCGUCAACGUAAACAUUUUUGUUUGCAAACAAAUAAAUUUUUUUAAUAGGAAUAUAUUUUUCCCCUUUCUACAAACUACAGUUAAACAAAAAGAGCAAGUUUAAUGAUAAGGAAACAAUUUAUAUGUAAUUAUGGUGAGAGAUUGCUGUUUCUCAUCUCUCUUUCGUAAUGAAUAAGAAAAUUAAUAUGCCAUUUCGAUAAUAUAGCAAAAAAUGUUACUUGGUUAACAAAAUAUAUAUUGAAUAUUUUAUAUACGCGAGCUCUCCUUUCUCUCUUCGUGAUGAUUUGAAGAGACCUCCCCAUUGAGAACCUAUUUAUUAUAAAAAAUUAUAAGAAUUAAAAAACAGAAGAAAAAGCAACACAUUGUUAAAUAUAAUUCUACGUCGAGCACUUUUUGAAUAAACUAAAAUGCCAAUGGUUUUAAAAUGUGUGGAAGAGAAGAAUCAGAUUAUCAGAAGGAGAGAUGUUCUCUGAAUUUUCAGAAAUUUUUGCAUGUAUGUCAGGCCUCUGUUGAAAGAAUAUCGUGCAAUAUAAUUGGACAAACGUGUAUUUAUAAAAGAUAAUAGCGUUAAAUGUGUAUUUUCGCCGCGAUUUAUACAUUCGAAACGCGUGCGCGUAUCGUGCUGGUCACUGGCGCUUUAUUGUUUUUCAUCGUCCACGAUUCGCUUUCCCUGUUCUUCGAGCAUUUUGGAGCUUGUAAAAACUGCCUGCCAGUUGCGUGAGCAUUUUUUUCGAAAUGAGGCGACAAUUCGUGAUACGUGAUAAAAACGAGAAAGAAAACACAGUUGAUGUCUAUAUCCUAAGAUCCAAUAUUAUAUCGUAUGCGCGAAUAUAUAUGCGAAUGUGUAUGUGUGACGGCACGUGCGAACACUGAAACAUGAAAAACUAAGAUCACUCGCAGUAUGUCGAGAUCGUUGGAGUUGCUAUGACGUUUCUUGAUGCAAAUUGUUUCAUCAUAUUCGAUUCUAUUCGGCUAUUAUCAGAUGAUACAGUUGUCAAGAACAAUAAUCUUUAAAUCAUUUUGCUACAUAGAAGAGUUACAAGAUUAUCCUUACAAGAUAUAAAAAACAAGUUUCAUCCAAAUCCUAGUCACACUACAAUUUAUUAUUUAUCGAUAGCAAAAUUUGACUCAAAUUUAUAUUUCGUGAUUUUAAUAGUUUGAUUAACUCAAGCUUUGAUUCGCAAGCAAUUAAUUGUCUGCACUGGAUUAAUAGAAAUUAAUGAAAUAGUAUGUUUAUCAAACGGUAAUAUGCAUUGAUUAAGAUAUUUCAAAAUAUUUAAAAUAAAUUGAGAGAAGAAUUUUAAUCAUUUAAAAUUUCUUUGAAAUUUCCAAUACAUACAUGUUCGAAAUUUAUAAGUAUUUACUGUAUAAAAUUUCUCGUCUGGCUCUGUUAUUACGCGAAUCACUGCCAAAGAUAAUUAUAUGAUAUGAUACAUGUUUCUCCAUGAGCACGUGCAGUUGCAUUUAUACAAUGUUAAAAUAUAUGUUGUUAAUGUUAUCAAGUGCGAGAGGACGAGGCAUAAAAUGAAUCGAGAGAAUAUCGUUCUAACAAGAUUUCAACUUGGUUUCUUGCUGCGAACACAAAGGCUGGUGUGAUUUUUGUGAUAUUUUGUAAAAAUAAAAAAGAAGCUAAGCUAUAUAUGGUUAAUUAAGAGUAUAUGUUGCGAAGAAGCCUGUAUGUGUGUGUAUGUAUGUAGGAAAAGCAGAGGUAAAUAUAAUUCACAGAUACAAGCAUUUAUUUUUGUGUCAUGCAUUUUAUGAAGAAAAGGAUAAAAAAAGAAACAAAGAUGAGAAUAUAAGAAAACAAAUCUAUUGAUAAACGAAUUACACGAGAAUGCAUAUAUUAUAUAUAUAUCGUCAUGUAAGAAAUAAAAAGAUAUAUAUAUAUAUAAUUCUAUAUAUAUAUUAAAAUAUACCGACAUAUAUGUACAUUGUAAAUCCGUAUAUCACAAGAAUCUCAAGUGUUUGUUACAUGUUUGUUCCGAUAAAAAAAAAUUCACUGAGAAAACGUUGCGUGUAUAAAAAUCGUGACUCGAUGUAUAUUAAAUAUAAAUAUAUAUACGAGUCCAGCCUAUAUGUGUGUAUACAAUAAAUUAACAAGAAAGAAAGAGAGAAGGAAGAAUGUUAAGAAUGAAUCGCAGCACACACCAGUCUAUCGUUAAGACAGUAAAUGACUAUUGUAAUAUUAUGGAAGAUAAUUUUAAGCAGAGAGAGAUGUGCAUAUUUCUCUUCUUUAUCAUUUAAGAGCGAUUUGUGGCCGUUAGCGUCAGUCGUAAUUAUCAGUCGAGCCUUUUUUGGAGUUUACGAAAAGAUAUCGUGGGCCUACAAAUCCUAGUUAACGUUCUUCAUCGCGAUAUUGUCCCUGAUAUGUUCCCGAUUUGUUCAUCUCGUUUCUUCGUUGAUCCCUUUAUUAUUCAAUCUAAGCGAUUAUAAAAUAUUCGAAAGACACGAAAAGAUUCGUACUCGUAUUCUGUUUCAUGUUAAAUGUGACUCUAAAUCUGAAUUUCCUUUUAUACGAUUAUACGAAGAUUAGUACAAUUAUAUUUAACAAUCAAUUCUCUUUUUGGGGAGCUAAAUGUGAAAUGUGAAUAUACAAGAUGAAAUCUUACAAACGUUUCGUUUAAAUUUUUGAGCUUCUAUUCAUAUUUCGUAUCUAACAUUAAAUGCGAUGGCUUAUAAUAUCAAUACACAUAACACGUAUACCAUUUUCUCUAAAAUAAAAUUCAAAUUGUCGCGUUUAAAAAAUAAGACGAAGUACGAUUGCGGAUCUUAAUAUUUUAAACUGUUGUAUUAUUUGAAUUAGAAUCGACACGUGUUUUGCGCGACUUUUCUUUGGAGCGAAAAGAAGAGAGAGAAAACUUAUGACAUUCCGGUAUCACCAUCCAUAGCAAGUUGAUACAAAUUAGAUAUAAAUGAGCUAUAAGUUCUUAUCCGAAAGCGCCGGGUAUAAAUGUGAAUUUUAACAGAGCUCUACUGUUACGUUAUUACACACAUGCACGAAUAUAUAUUGUCUAUAUUGCAUAAGCUUAAUGUAAUAGUUAUAAAUUUUUUAUGUAUAUAAAUGUACCUCGUAAACUAAUUUUAAAUAAAAAGUAUAGUCAUUGUGUUAA